UUAAUAGUUUUGAUAGUCCUGUGCAGCUGGAGCCAGACCGCGACCAUGACGCUGAGAGUGGCCGCUCCGCUGUGUCUGCUCGCCGCCGUGUGGAUGACGGAGUGCGCGCCUCCGACCUGCUACUCCAGGGCGCUCAGUCUGAGCAAAGAAGUCAUGGCUCUGCUGGAGAAGAUCCACACCUACCAGCGCACGAAAACAUGCGCUGAAGUCCUGCCCGCGAUCUUCAUUGAUGUGCAUAACUCGUGCGUCACCACGAAGCUGCGUGACCUUCUCUACGUGCUGCUGAACCAUCCCAGCCAGUACUGCAGGGAGCGUCCCAGGAUGGUGCUGCUCAAGCGUAAAGUCCAGAACCUGCACACCAUCAUCACCAGAAUGUGUUAUCGGGACCUGGUGUUUUUCACAGAUGACUGCGAAGCCAUCGACACUGGCCACAGCAGCCCUUACUACGCAGAGGACAGGCUUCAGCUUUUGCAAGAGGAGAGAUGAGCAGCACAGACACCACUCUGUUACACUCAUAUAAAACACAUAUCAACAACAACAACAAUACGUACAAUGCUCCUACACACACCGCUGCCCUGAUUUAAAGUGUCUUUGACUUUGGCAGGACACGCUGCGCUGGAGCUCAUGUUAGAGGACAUGUGUGAUUACAUUCCAGCAAGGAGUGCUGAACUUUCCACAGGAAACUUGCCGAAUGCCAACCGUACCUAUGAAAACCUUGAAAUAAUAAACUAAUAAGAGACGCUUGUGGGUCCUUUAACCACUGCUUACUCAGCAGAGCUGAGCAAAGGUCCAUGCGUCAUUAAGAGAAAUGUGUUGUGUUGCAUUUACCCUUGGCCUGACAUUUAGUGGAGUUGAACAUCAUGUUUUUAAGUCUUACAUGAGGAAAUAGGCACCCUUACGUUAUAUGUUUCUAAGCAACUGAAUACCAGGACAAAACAUCACUUCUCCAUCAGGCAAAACUAACCUUUUUUCUUAUUAUCUAAACUAUUCAAUCAUGUACGACAAUUACUAACUUGAAUUUGCCACAGAAUGUCACUAGUGUCUUGAAACUCUGUUCUUCUUAAAGAAUGAAGUAACUGAAUCCUGAACGACUAAUGGUUUUUGAGGAGAAUAAACUCAGUGUCAUGGACACAUUAGAAAGUUAGGGCUGUUCUUUGUACAUCUCCAUACAGUAUCACUCAAUAAAACUCAUUGAUAUACAUUUUUUUGUUUUAUCUCUGAAGUUAUGUUUACAUUGUCUCUUUAUUUCUCAGUCCUGGACAUGAAUGCAGAGUUAUCAGUUAUUUAAAAAAAAAAACAUUUUCUCUCAACAAAUGAAAAAUAAACUGGUGGUUAUAACUAUGAUGAACAAUGUGAUUUUACAUCAAUCAUGUUGUCCAUGUUCUUUUCCACUGACCCAAUGGAGGCCAAAUACAGUCCAUAAUUGCCUCCUUGUUGAUCAUGGCCUCUGCUGCUCUCUUGUGGUCAGACGGUGUAACCUGCACGCUGGGGAAUAACAGUUGCUUAAUAAACCUUAAUCAUGUCAGAGAA